CUUUUGAAGAAAUUAGUUUUUGAUCAGGUUCAGUUCUGCCGUCGGGACCUUGGAUCCGUCAACAAAAGUGCCAACAAGCUCGUCGUGGACACCGACGCGCCGCCAUGGCCAAGAAGCGGGAUCGCCAAGCCGCCUCGAAUCGCCGUAAGAACCAAGUUGUCUCGUCCGAUCAGCACGACAUAGUCGGCGAUUCUUCCUCUGACCGGAGGCUCAUCACAAUUUUCGUCGUCUUCUUUGUCAUAUCUCCCGCCAUUUCCGUUCUCGUGUAUUUCAAAUACGCUUCGAAUGGGGAAAUUUCUGGCGCACCUGCGUACGAUCCGGGCCUCUUUAAGACUGAUAUCAACUAUCAGGAAAUUCUAGCGGAGCACUCGAAUGUCGCAGAAAAUGCCUCUCGCCGUCGUUAUGAUUAUCCUGUACUUGCUUAUAUUACUCCGUGGAACUCCAGGGGCUAUGAUAUGGCAAAAAAGUUCAACUCCAAAUUUACACACUUAUCACCUGUGUGGUAUGAUUUGAAGAGUCAUGGUUCCAGCUUAGUAUUGGAGGGAAGACAUAAUGCUGACCAAGGAUGGAUAUCAGAGCUAAGACUGACUGGAGAUGCACUGGUAUUACCUAGAGUGGUUAUUGAAGCAUUUCCUACAGAUCUGCUUAGAAAGAAGAAGCUGAAGGACAAAGCUAUUGAUCUGAUUGUAACAGAAUGCAAGGAAAUGGGUUAUGAUGGUAUUGUGCUAGAAUCCUGGUCAAGGUGGGCGGCUCAUGGUAUAUUGCAUGACCCAGACCUGAGGACUUUGGCACUGCAAUUUAUAAAUCAACUUGGAAAUGCCCUGCAUUCAGAGCUUGAGAGCAGGAGAUCUAAGCAACGGUUGCAACUGGUGUAUGUCAUUGGUCCACCACAUUCAGAGAACCUACAAAAGCACGAUUUUGGGCCACAAGAUUUUCAUAGCUUGAAUGGCGCUGUUGAUGGUUUCUCACUUAUGACCUAUGAUUUCUCCAGUCCUCAGAACCCAGGCCCCAAUGCUCCAUUGAAUUGGAUUCGUUCAACAUUACGGUUAGUACUUGGUACCAAGGACAAUAGGCUUGUUCAACACAAUGCUGGCAAGAUAUUUCUUGGAAUCAACUUCUACGGCUAUGAUUUCAGCCUUUCAGGAGGAGGUGGAGCUAUUACUGGAAGAGAUUAUGUAUCUUUGUUGGAAAAGUACAAGCCUAUGGUGCAGUGGGAGAAGAACAGCGCCGAACAUUACUUCUUGUAUGAGGAUGACAAUCAUAAGAGGCAUGCAGUUUUUUAUCCAUCACUGAAGUCGAUUUUCACACGUCUUGAGGAGGCUCGAUCCUUGGGCACCGGUAUCUCGAUAUGGGAAAUCGGGCAAGGUUUGGAUUACUUUUUUGAUCUUCUGUAAAAGGUCUCAAAUCUGGAGAGUUUCAACUUUCUUUUGCCUGCUUUUGAGCCACCACUGUAGAGUUUUGUUGUUCAAUUAAUUUAUGGCUGAUGAAAAACUAGAUAAUGAACUCCUGAUAUUGCAGUCAUUUGACCCUCUGAUCUGAUGUAGAAUAUGCACUCCAUCUCUAUAACAAAAUGAGAGGUGGAAAUCAGUUACUUUGCUUUUGGUGUUGCCCCUGCCAGAAAUGGGGAAAAAGAGGGACCAAAAGUCCACCAAAAAGAUUUUGGUAA